CAAGUGCAGGUAUUAUUGCAUGAUGCAUUGCGUGAGAAAGCAGAGUCGAGCAUUUUAUAAUUGAUCAAUUGUGUGUGCAGAAAUGCUGCUCUCGUCAGUUCCUCUCUUCCUCGAGCUCCUCGCCUUCCGCAUCGUCAAUGCUCUGAUCACGACCACGUACUUCCAGCCAGACGAGUUCUGGCAGAGCUUAGAGCCCGCCCAUCUCGCGGUUUUCAGAUACGGAUACCUGACGUGGGAGUGGCGGAGUGCGCUUCGCAGUUUUGCGCAUCCGUUGAUAUUUACAGUCAUCUACCAGGUCUCGGAGUGGCUCGAUCUUGGAGCUGCGGGUGUGAUCUAUGGACCAAAGGUAGUCCAGGCCGUGUUUGCAGCAUUGUCAGACUACGCGACCUACAAACUCGCCAAUCGACUUUACGGCGACCGGAUAGCGCGUAUAACCCUGUUCUGCACGAUAACCUCGGUCUUCAAUUUCUUUGUCUCCGUCCGGACUUUUUCCAAUUCACUCGAGUCUACAAUCUGUGUCUGCGCUUUGAAUUUUUGGCCGCUGAAGGAGAGCGCUGGUCCGAAUGUUAUGAGGCGCUACUUCUUUGCGUUGGUUCUCGCCGCCAUUGCUUGUGUUCUCAGACCGACAAACGUGCUUAUCUGGAUGUAUCUCGGUGCAGUUCUCAUAUAUAAACAGCCGUCGGCCAGACUGAUUGUCAUCGCCGUGCUGGUUGGUACCUCGAUCCUCGGAUUCAACGCCAAGAUUGACGCCUACUUUUACGGCGGGCCAGUCUUUCCGCUGCUCAAUUUUCUAAAAUUCAAUGUCGUCGAGUCUCUGUCUUCGUUCUACGGAGUCAACGGCAAGCUAUACUACCUCAUCGAGGCACUUCCGCAGCUAUUGAUUCUGUUCACGCCGUUUGCUUUACAUGGACUCUACCUUUGUCGAUCGACCGUUCUUGCGCAGGCGUGUGUGUUUGUGAUUGUUGCUUAUAGUUUGAUUGCGCACAAGGAAGUCCGGUUUAUAUUUCCGUUGCUGUCUGCUUUCCACAUCUUCACCGCCGUCUCGAUAGAGUCCCUGAGGAUUCCGUACAAGCCUCGAGCCAAGACUGCCGCGCUAGUUCUGAUAGCUGUGAUUCAUAUUCCGUUUGCACUCUACAUCACCAUGGUGCACCAGCGAGGUGUCGUGGACGUGACAACAUACAUCAGAGAGAAUCCGUCAGUAACUAGCGUGGGUUUCCUGAUGCCGUGUCAUUCUACCCCAUGGAUGAGCCAUAUGCACCGUCGAGAUAUCGACGCCUGGUUUCUGACAUGCGAGCCGCCGCGCGGAAACGUCGAGCUGGAGACGUACAUGGACGAGGCCGACAUAUUCUACGCGGAUCCGGUUGAGUUUAUCAGGACUAAUUUCCCGCCGGUGACGCAGAUACGCUCGAAGUAUAAAGGUGCGCAUCCAAAGUAUUGGCCUAGCCACUUGGUCUUUUUUGAGGCGUUGAAGGAGAAGGUCGACGAGGCUCUUGGUGGGUCCGAGGAUUAUCUGGAGUGCGCCAGGUUUUUCAAUAGUCAUUUCCAUGAGGACUACAGACGGAGAGGUGAUGUUGUAGUAUACUGCAGGCCGUAAGCUGCAGUAGUGUUAUAUAGGUGAAGUUGCAUUUGCUAUGUAUUAUAGAUAAAAAGAUUAAACGU